UAACAAUUUAAUUAAAAUGAACAGUGAAAAGAUCGUUGCCGUUAUCCUUGCCUUAUUCCUCCCACCAUUAGCGGUUUUCAUGAAGGUAGGAGCUUCCACCCCAUUGUGGAUCAACAUCUUGUGUUGUAUCUUCUUUUGGUUCCCAGCUAUUUUGCACGCCUUGUACGUUGUCUUGAAGGAUUAAACGUGGAUACCGUGUGUAUGUUGAGCCAAUGCUAAAAACGUAACAUUGCUAUUGAGUCACUCUUUUGCUCCAUAAUUUAAAGGUUAUACUUAUUCAGUAGAUAUUAAUAUUAUACAGAUUAUUA